AUGGCGUACAGGCCGAGGAAGCGCAGCAGCCACAACAACGCGAACGGCAUCGCCGCCGCCGCGGAGUCUCCGCGCAUGGCCACGGGCAGCAGCGGCCACAGCGCGGGUGCCACCGGAAGCCAGCAGGCGGCGGCGGCCGGCGGAGGCGAGGAGGGGACAGCCGCAGCAGCCACCGCGACGACGCCAAUGAAGCGCAACCUCUACGUCCGGUCCCUGCCCCAGGAGGCGCGGCGGGGCAACGUGGAGGCGGUGCGGCAGCUGGUGGAGGAGCACGGGGCGUCGCUCGACGAGGAGGUGGUGGGCGAGACGGCCCUCCACUUCGCCAGCUUCUACGGCCACCUGCCCGUCGUCACCUACCUCCUCUCGCGACCCGAGUGCCGCCUCAACAAACGCAACCUCGGCGGUACCCUCCUCCUCUUCCUCUUCCUCUUCCUCUUCCUCUUCCUCUUCCUCUUCCUCUUCCUCUUCCUCUUCCUCUUCCUCUUCCUCUUCCUCUUCCUCUUCCUACUCCUCCGCCCAAACGGCACCAUGGAUGAACGCCGGCCGACGUGCCACAACGUUAACGCUGGCGGUGGCAACACGCCGCUGAUGCGGGCGGUGGAGAACGGACACGCGGGCGUGGUGGCGCUCCUCCUCGACGCCGCCAAGCAACGGCAGCGACCCAUCGCCAAGCGGCGCAACAUGAAGGGCGAGACCGCCCUCCACAAGGCUGCCGCCACCGGAAACGUGGAGGUGGCGCGGCUGCUGGUGGAGCAGGGGCGUGGGAGCGUGGAUGUGAGCGCACACACGCACUCCGACCACGGCGGCGACACUCCGCUCCACGUUGCAGCGGAGCGUGGCCACUGGUCCAUGGUCGGCUACCUUCUCUCCAUCCGGGACGAGUCCGCUGCCCACGACGCCGCCGCCGCCGCCGCGCAAGCGCCGUCCUCCGACCCCACGCCCGUCGCGGCCGCCGCAUCCGGCGCACCGCCUGUGGUGUCUGCAGGACGCGCCACGAUUCCGCGUCCGCUGCGGUCGGUCAGUCCGGUGGUCCCGUCGGCGGCGGCGCAGAGGGCGAGGCGCGCCAACAUUGCGCACGUGGACGCCCGCAACAGCAAAGGGCGAACAGCGGCCCACAUGCCCAUCGUCUCCGGCAAACGGGACAUGAAGGAGAGCGAGCGGUUGGAAGGGGUGAAGCUGAUGGCGGAGGCGGGAGCCGACCUCAACGCGCGCGACGCCUCCGGGCGUACGCCGCUGCAUUGGGCGGUGUUUGGCAACUACACGCGCAUCGUGCAGUACCUGCUGGGCUUGGGGCCGUCCCGCGUGGACGCCUCCAUCGCCGACGUGUGCGAAUACACGCCCGCCCACAUCGCCGUCAAUCGGGAGCGAGAGUCGUUGGCGCAUGUGCUGGAGCAGUACGUGGAGGGCCAGCCAUGGGAGCACCUGCUCGCCCGCCUGGCCGAGCGGGAGGAGAGCGGAGAGGCAGCGGCGGAGGAGGCCCCCAAGCGAAGGAGGCGAGGCAGGCGCGCUCGGCAGGAGGAAGAGGAAGAGGAGGAGGAGGAAGAAGCGGAAGAAAACGACGACGAGGAGGCGGCGGAGGAGCUCACGGCCAAGCGGCGGCGCAGCACCAGGGCAAGUGCCGGCAAACGGCGCCGACGAACUCACGACAACCAAGAGCCCGACGGAGGAUAUACGGCGUGA